CAUUGGGCUGUGCAUGUGAAGAGGAUGUGACAGCCAACGAAGGAUACAAAAAGUUACUUAUGCGUACGAAAAGUAAGUCUUGCUACGGAUGAAGCUUUUUAGGCUUCCCAUGGAUCAGAAUUCCAAGUCAGUCAACACAGGAGAUAUAAAGAACAGUGUAAAGAGAAGCAAAGAAGGUUUCAAACAUGUGGCAAUCAGGGCUCUGUAGAAUAAAGGUCACUACGUCAUCCCAUCAAGUCCUACACUGUCAGAAAAGGCAACUCUGGACAACACUCUAAGAUGUUUAUUUGGACCAGUGGCCGGUCCUCCUCAUCAUACAGACCCGAUGAAAGAAGAAACUUCUAUCAAAAAAUCAAGGACCAUGAUCUUCUGGACAAGAGGAAAACUGUGACAGCGCUGAAAGCUGGAGAAGACAGAGCGAUACUCUUGGGACUUACAAUGAUGGUCUGUUCCAUUAUGAUGUAUUUUCUUCUGGGAAUCACUUUACUCCGAUCAUACAUGCAGAGUGUAUGGACUGAAGAGACUCAAUGCACAUUAAUAAACGCUUCUAUAACGGAAACAUUUAACUGCUCGUUUAGCUGUGGUCCAGAUUGCUGGAAAAUCUCCCAGUACCCUUGUCUACAAGUAUAUGUCAACCUGACUUCUUCAGGACAGAAAGUUCUGCUUUACCACACGGAGGAAACGCUUAAAGUGAACUCUGAGUGCUCGUAUAUACCCAGAUGUGGGAAGAACUAUGAAGAAUCAAUGUCCCUUGUUAAUAUCAUUAUGGAAAACUUCCGAAAACAUCAGCGUUUUUCGUGUUUUUAUGAUCCUGAAGGAAAUCAAAAGAAUGUCAUUUUGACCAAACUCUACAGUUCCAACGUGUUAUUUCAUUCGUUGUUUUGGCCGACAUGUAUGAUGGUCGGUGGGAUUGCCAUUAUCGCAAUGGUGAAGCUCACACAGUAUCUCUCUCUUCUAUGUGAGAGAAUCCAAAGGAUCAACAGAUAA